AUGGCGAGCGGUGAGAAACGACUGUUGCACACGAGCAUCUCUAAAGUGUGUAUGUGUGUGUGUGUUUAAAUGUGUGUGUGUGUGUGUGUGUGUGUGUGUGUGUGUGUGUGUGUGUGUGUGUGUGUGUGUGUGUGCAGCAGCUGACGGUGUGGGCAGUCUGGGAGCUGAGCAGAACCACCUGAGCGUCCCGGUCUCGGAUCAUGGAGCCUGGGCCACAGCCAUGAACAACCUGGGCAUCAUGCCGGUGGGAAUCAGCGGGCAGCAGCUGGUCUCAGGUACCUGCUCUGACCUCCUCCUCUUCCUCCUCCUCCUCUUCCUCCUCUCCUUCCUCUUCUUUCUCCUCUUCCUCUUUGUGAAACCAGGAUGUGAGGAACAUGAUCAAAAACACAAGAACAGGAUAAUUCAUGGUUCAGGUCUCCUUCAUAUUCACAGUUACAGACACACGAGGCGCUCAGAGCAACACACACUAACAUCUGUGUGUGUGUGUGUGUGUGUGUGUGUGUGUGUCAUUUACACAAUAACUACACUAAGCCUGCAUGUUUCAUUCAGAGUCUCACCUUGACUGUGUUUGUGGGAUUGUUUCUGGGAGGCGGGGGAUUUGUAGGAGCCUCUCUCCCUCUCUCUCUCUCUCUCUCUCUCUCUCUCUCUCUCUCUCUCUCUCUCUCUCUCUCUCUCUCUCUCUCUCUCUCUCUCUCUCUCUCUCUCCCUCUCUCUCCCCCCCCAGUGUACAGACCCAGGGUGGUUCUGCUCGUAUAAUAACUGCUGUAUUGUGCAGGUUUAUUAAACGAACGCUUUGUGGAGAUUUGUGAGUUUUUUUUUUUUUUGGUGUUAAGCUGAGAAUAAUUGAAUGAGUGGAUUUAACUGAGCGGGGCUGAUGGAGACAGACGGACGGACGGAGAGAGAGAGAGAGAGAGAGAGAGAGAGAGAGAGAGAGAGAGAGGGGGAGAGAGGGAGAGAGAGAGAGAGAGAGAGAGAGAGAGAGAGAGAGAGAGAGAGAGAGAGAGAGAGAGAGAGAGAGAGAGGGAGAGCUGCUCCACUGCAGCUCUGAGGGAAAUAUGAAGAAGAUGACAUUAUGUUUGAGAAAUGAUGAUGAUGAUGAUGAUGAUGAUGAUGAUCUGACUCCACCUCUGGCAGCAGCAGCAGCUCCUCCCUGUUUGAACACAUGUGGGAACGUUUAGAUCAUGAGAGGAGGACAGAAACCUUCAUCAGAGACACACAAACACACAAACACAGAGACACACAAACACACAAACACAGAGACACACAAACACACAAACACAGAGACACACAAACACAGAGACACACAAACACACAAACACACAAACACACAAACACACAAACACAGAGACACACAAACACACAAACACAGAGACACACAAACACACAAACACAGAGACACACAAACACAGAGACACACAAACACACAAACACACAAACACAGAGACACACAAACACACAAACACAGAGACUCACAAACACACAAACACACAAACACAGAGACACACUCUCAGUUUCCUCCAGGACAGAUCUGGACUCUUGGACCUUCAGUUCCUCCUUCACACAAUCACUAAGAUUAAUUAAAGUUCCUCAGACCUGAAGAUCUGGGAUCAGUCUGAUGGUUCCUCAGUGUAGACCUCCUGACUCUGUCACUCAGAGGUUCUUGGUCCUGAGGCCGUCUCUGCUCCUCCGUCAGGUUUGUGUGUUUCUCCUUUAAAUCAGGAUCAGCAGGUCUGGGAACAGUUUCAGCUCCAGGCUGGUUCAGGGUUGGUCUGAGGUGAGGAUCAGGAACGUCUGUGUGGAUUUCACAGAUAAGGUCUCACCUGGAGGAUAAAAACAGACAGAUGUUUCCAGAGAAGAACCAAAAAAUCUCAAUUAAAUCCAGAAGACCUCUUCUCCUCUCCCCUCCUCUCCUCUCCUCUCUCCUCUUCUCCUCUCCUCUCCUCCUCUCUCCUCACCUCCUCUCCUCUCCCCUCCUCUCUCCUCCUCCUCUCUCCUCCUCUCCUCUCCUCUUCUCUCCUCCCCUCCUCUCUCCUCCUCUCCUCUCCUCUCCUCUCUCCUCCUCUCCUCUCCUCCUCUCCUCUCCCCUCCUCUCCUCUCCUCUCUCCUCACCUCUCCUCCUCUCUCCUCCUCUCCUCUCCCCUCCCCUCCUCUCCUCUCCUCCCUUCCUCUCUCCUAUCCUCUCCUCUCCUCUCUCCUCUACUCUCCUCUCCUCCUCUCCUCUCCCCUCAUCUCCCCUCCUCUCCUCUCCUCUCCUCCUCUCCUCCUCUCCUCCCUGUAGGUCUCUGUGUGUUUUUCUCCUUCUCCAUAAUUCUUCCUGUCUCUUGUUUUUGGCAGAUGCAGCCGAGCUCACAGCCAGAGAAAUGAAGCUAACUCUCUCUCCCCCUCUGUCUCUCUCCCUCUCUCUCUCCCCUCUCCCCCUCUCUCUCUCUCGCCCUGCUGUUAUUAUGAUGAAUGUGCAGCAGCCUCGCUGAAGUCUAAUUUACCUGUGCAGGUUAUCUCAGACAACACUUUAAUGAGUUUUCCUAAGACCUGAAGAAUCUGCGGAGGCGCUGCAGCUGCACAUUCUCAGAUUUGUGAGAUUAUUUCUCUGAGAGUUUUUCUAAAACACAGAUCUGUGUGAAGAAGAAGAAGAAGAAGAGGAGAGAGAGGAGAGAGAGGAGAGAGCAGGAGGAGUGUAGAGCUCUGCAGUUCACUGUGUUCUGAUUCUGCAGGAAAACAAGAGUCUGAGCAGAAAUAUGAGGAGAAAAUCUGCCUGUGAAGAUAAAAAAAAACAACGAGUUUUAAAAAAGCUUUUAUAAAUACAGACUGAGUUUAAAAAGCUUUUAUAAAUACAGACUGAGUCCUGGAAUAAAUACAUUAUUAUCAUUAUUAGAGUUCAGGAUAAUAAAAACACUCCUGAAACUAACAUGAACUCCUCUGGGCUCUGAUUAUCAGUUUGUACGUGUCUACAGCUGUUCAACUAAUUUACAUAAAUGAGAAGAUAACCGUCUAAGUCUAUUACAGUUUAGGUCUAUAACAGUCUAUAACAGUCCAUGACAGUCUAUAACAGUCUAUAACAGUCUAUAACAGUCUGAGUCUAUAACAGUCUAUAACAGUCUAUAACAGUCUAGGUCUAUAAUAGUCUGAGUCUAUAAUCUUAGGUCUAUAACAGUCUAUAAGAGUCUAUGACAGUCUAGAUCUAUAACUGUCAGAGUCUAUAACAGUCUAUAACAGUCUAGGUCUAUAACAGAUUAAAACAGUCUGAGUAUAUAUCUGUAUAUAACAGUCUAUAUAAGUCUAUAAUGGUUUAGGUCUAAAACAGUUUGAAUCUAUAACAUUCUAGAUCUAUAACAGUCUAGAUCAAUACAGUCUAAGUCUAUAACAGUCUAUAACAGUCUGAGUCUAUAACAGUCUAUACCAGUUUAGACCUGUUUUAUCCAUGUCAUGGACCCAGUCUGUAUUUUUAACCAGAGGGUUUAGAGGUCAGUCUUUGAAUGUGUUUUUAGUCUUUGUGGUGGUCUUUGUGGUGGUCUGUACGGUCUUAUUUCCCUCACAGUCUUAGACCCUUUAGGGGGUCUCCACCUCCUGUCCUGUUUUUAGCAUUGUGGUGGUCUUCCUGGUGGUCUGUACGGUCUUAUUUCCCUCACGGUCUCAGUAAUGACCCUGUCCUGUUGUCGGUCCUCAGUUGACCCUCCAUCAGUCGCUGUCAGCUCCUCAAACUCUCUCCUCCUCCUCCUCCUCCUCCUCCUCCUCCUUCUUUUCAUGGUCGGUCUGUAAAAUUCUGGACGGUCUCAGUGACGGUUUCAGUCUUUUCGUUCGAUCAUUCCUUCGUUCCUGCAGCAGCAGAAAUAUUUGUUUGUUGGAGAGACGUUUGUCCUCUCCCUCGGUGACAGCCUCCCUCUCCUCUCGUUUAAAUCACUUUAUCCUCGCCGCUGUCAUGGCGGUGCGGGGGGCGGCAGGCGGGGGAUUUUCUGCUGACGUCGGGUUCCUCCUGCUCUCUUGUUAUUGCAGUGUUGGAGAUAGGAACGUGUGACGCUGCACCGCCCUCCGCCUCCUCCACCCUGCCUGCUCUAUUUUCACCCAGACAGCUGAAACAUUGCUCCUGUCGCCUCUUUAUCUUCUCCCCUCUUCCUCACUUUCUCCUCCUCCUGAACAGAAACAUUUGCUGCUCCUCACACUCCCUCCUCUCUUUUCUCUCUUUCCCUGCAGAUCUCUGUUUUCAUCUGAUCAGUUUUUCUCCCUCUGUUUUUCUCUCUCCUGUUUUCUUAUGUUUGAGAUGAUAAAGAUGAAAUCUGCGCCUCUAAGAAAACCCUGUAAGUCGGCGUUUCCACCUCCAUCCAUCAGUUUUAACCUCCGUCUGUGUGUGUCUGUGUGUGUCUGUGUGUGUCUGUGUGUGUCUGUGUCCUGCAGAGUCUCUGUGCAUCCAGAGGUUCGAGCCCAGUCUUGGUCUCAUCGCUCCCAUCAACCCCAUGAUGGCGGGAAUCAGCCUAGUCCCGCCCCCUCCUGUCCCCCCCGACAUGCCCGUCAUCAAGGAGAUCAUCCACUGCAAAAGCUGCACGCUGUUCCCCCAGAACCCGAGUAAGACCCUCAAACCUCAUCUUUACUUCCAGAACCAGGUUUUAGAUCUUCUGAGGGUCCACCUGGACAAAAACACCAGGUCUCAUUCAGAAGAACCCGGACCCUUUAGCAGACCGGGUCAUUAGAUACUAAAACAUCGAGACCAUAAUCUGAGUUUUUUGUUUUGAUCUCUGAAACAAAAAUGAAUCAACAUCUUCAGCUGAGUCAGAGAUCUGAGGUGUUUCAUUGAUGACCAAAGUAAUAAACUUAUAAACAUGUUGAUGAUGAUGAUGAUGAUGAUGAUGAUGAUGAUGAUGAUGAUGAUGAUCUGAAACUCCUCCUCAGACCUCCCUCCACCAUCGACACGUGAGCGCCCCCCCGGCUGUAAGACGGUGUUCGUCGGCGGUCUCCCAGAGAACGCCACAGAGGAGAUCAUCAGGGAGGUGUUCGAUCAGUGCGGGGAAAUCAUCGCCAUCCGCAAGAGCAAGAAGAACUUCUGUCACAUCCGCUUCAGCGAGGAGUUCAUGGUGGACAAAGCUAUCUACCUGUCAGGUGAGCGGGGAACCGGAGCGGACUCUCUGAUUGGUCUGCAGAGAGAACACUUCUAUUUCUGCACACCUACUCUCCUCCAGCAGACGCUUGUUUGUACAGAGACCUCAGGCCAGUCCAUUAUGGACUACAGCGGGGUGCCGCAGCUCAAGGAAGAACAUUUAUGACUUUUGCUGUCAGGGGAAGUGACACCAGGGGAGCUCACAGUUAUAUGUAGAGAGGAAACCAGGGACAGGUGUCGCUGAUCGGGGGAAAAGCACAUUUUUCUUUGACCGUGGCGUGGGUGGCGUGGUGGAAAACGGUGAUUUGAUUUGGAUUUGAUGUAAUAAAUACCUUUUUUGAACACGAGUUUUCCCGUUUUGGACAUUUGUUGUAAGAGCACCCGUGCAUGCGUCAGUCAGCACCAGAGUUAACCUUUUUCACUUUUGUAUAGCGAGAUAGAGAACAGUCAGCACAAUCACGAAUGUUCUUCCUUGAGCUGCGUCACUCCGCUGUAGUCUGUAAUGGACUGGCCCGAGGUCUCUCUACAAACAAGCGUCUGCUGGAAGAGAGUAGGUGAGUUGUGUUUCGUCUCUUUGCUAAAGAAAUGAGUCAAAGUUAAAAAGAUGUUUGGUGUCUAGUACUAUGUCUGUGACCCUAUAUGUCCUGUUGAUGAAGUUAGGUGCUGUUCUGAGCAUUAUUUGUGGCUAUAGAGUGGUGCUUUGGUUGGGGGCGUGGCUCUCUGUAUUACUAUCCUGCGGUCGUUACUAAAGUUGGUAUAACUAGAGAAGAGUUUGGUCGGCAUGUUUUUUUUUUUCAUUUGUUGGACAAUUUAAGACGUUUUUGACACUUGAUGUCUGUAACAGACUCACUAACAGAGAUGUCUGUGUUUGUGCUGAUUCCUGCCGCCUGUAAAGUCAGGAAACUCUUUCAAACCGAGUCCAAACUGAGUCCAAACUGAGUCCUGGCACAAAUGUAAGAAAAUAAAAACACCUGCAGCCAAAAACUCGAACCACCACCACCAUCGCUCCUCUGCAGCGGUGUCUCCGUCUGCGUUCAGGUAAAUCCUCCGAAAGCCUCGAUAUCCUGAGAAUCAGAACAUUUAGCCAAACAGCUCUCUGUCGUACUCUUAGAACAACAACCUGAGCCUGUGAGGGACAAACAUAAGAGCUGUCCGUCACACACUCUGAUCCGUCCAAGAUAGACCUGCAGACCGAGGACCAACUCGACCCGCUUAAUCCCACAACAAUCCACAAUAAUCUCUAACUGCGGGUUUUCUCCUCCUCUCAGGGUACCGGAUGCGGAUCGGCUCCAGUACUGAUAAGAAGGAUUCGGGGAGGAUCCACGUGGACUUCGCUCAGGCCAGAGAUGACCUGUAUGAGUGGGAGUGUAAACAACGCCUCCUCGCCAGAGAGGAGCGACACCGACGCAAGGUCCACGAGGACCGGCUCAGACCGCCGUCGCCUCCCCCAAUCGUACACUUCACGGAGCACGAGGCGGCGCUGCUCGCCGAGAAACUGAAAGGUGAGACGGAGAGUCAUCGAUGAACCGGGUCGGUCUGAGAUCUGCGUCGUCAUGGUGACGGGGAGGAAAAACAGAUUCAACAAACAAACUGAACCUGAUACUCAAGAGUGUGUGUGUGUGUGUGUGUGUGUGUGUGCUGGGAUGACUCACAGAGGAAGAUCAUCCACAUUUAUUGAUCGUCUUUAAAGACAGAAACAAACAAACUGCUCCGACCUCUCCUCUCACCUGUGCAGGUGUCUUUAUGUGAAACAGACCCACUGAGCAUGCUCAGAAACCUGAGGACCACGGAUUAAUUAUUAUUGAUCAUCUCUGGAUUAUUUUUAUUGGACAGAAACACUGAGAAGGAGGUGGUCAGAGUUACACAGAAGAUACAUAACAGACAGGAUUAGAUUAGAUUAGAUAAAGUUAAAUGUGAGAUUAAAUUAGAUUAGAUUAGAUUAGAUUAAAUAAAAUUAAGUAUUAGAUUAUGUUAGUUUAGGUUAGAUUAGAUUAGAUUAGAUUAGAUUAGAUUGAAUUAGAUCAAAUUAAUUAUUAGAUCAAAUUAGAUUAGAUUAGAUCCAAUUCGAUUAAAUUAGUUUAGAUGAGAUUAGAUUAAAUUAGACUAGUUUAGAUUAGAACAUAUUAGAUUUGAUUAGAUUGAAUUAAAUUAGAUCAGAUUAAAUUAGAUUAGAUUAGAUUAGAUUUUAAUAUAUUAGAUUAAGAUGACAUGAGUUUUUGUCCCAGUUUACAAGAACCGGGCGAGAAUCAAGUUCCUUACAGAAGCAUGUCCGCCUCUGCGACAGUAGGGGGCGAUAUUCCCUAUUUCAGUCGUGUUAUCGUACCCGACUCCCCAGAAACUCGAGGGAGGUGUCGUGUUUGUUGGAGUCAGUCUGAGUUUAUUCAUGACGUUUUUCAGUUUUCUUUAAUACUGAGAAUAAAUCGAUGUAAAAACGGACUGAAGGAUCGAGGUUUGAUGACGAGGUGAUAAAGUCCUGCUACAAUAAUCCAUCAGUCACCCUCAGUCUGCCUUCAGACCACGGAGCUCCUCUCUGCUGAUGUUCAUCUGUAAACUGUUUCUCAGAAAUCGCCACCUCUGUCCACAGAAACGUUCAGAGCGACUGAAUCAUCUCUGCUCCCACUCAGCUGCAUUCACACUUCCUGUCCAUUCAGACACAGAAACACACAGAGGUUUUUAUCACUCUGAGAUUUCACAACAUUCAUGACACUCUCUAUUCAGAAGAUCAGGAUCCACAUGGACGGAGGAACAAACUGACCAAGAAGAGACCAGAUCCGGGCGGUCCGUCUGCUCUUUAGAGAGGAGGGGGGAGCGUCCACGAUUCUCCAACUCUUCAUGGAAAAGGCCUGAAGGUCUGAAGAUCAGGACCGUCCAGUCCUGGUCCCUUUAGUUCAGAGAGUUCUCCAGCUGUUUUUUUAGGGUUACACUCUGACCUGUCUGGUUGUUCCUCUGACUUCUUCUCAGAAACAUGUCUCAGAUCCACUUUUAGAAAUCAGUUUGUCCCCACCUACCGUCACUCCUGUCAGAGCGAACUCUUGUUUUUUCUUGUUUUAACUCAAAGUUUCUUUAUCUUUCAAUUUCUCUCUUCUUGUUUCUUUACUCUUCUGCUGUUCUUUUGGAAUUUCCCCCUCUAAGACUAUUAGAGGAACAUCUUAUCUUCAACCACACAGAGUCAGAAACGCUCAGAAACAGGAAAAGUCAUAAAAACACUCUGGACGGUUUAGUCCGUCACUCCCUGUGAAGAUGACCUUCCUGUCCUCUCUCCUCUCUCCUCUCUCCUCUCUCCUCCUCCGUCAGCGUCAGCAGCAGGUUGUUUGGUUCGUCCCUCGACCUCGAGCCUUUAAAGCGAUUUUUUCACCUCCCUCCUCUAACCUGCAGCAUAAACAGCCGUGUUUCCUCUGAAUAACCUCUUUGAAUCCAUUCUCCUCCUCUAACAGCGGGGGAAAUGAAUUUAAUUCUUCCUCGGUCGUCCCCGUUCAGCUCUGCCUCAUUGUGCUCUCUGUAAUGUGACUGUAAUCUCUGCUGUGUGUGUGAAUGAGUCUUUAUCGGAGCGGGGAAAGUGUCUUCUUACAGGUUGUGUUGCGGCGUGUAUUGAGCUCAUUAAAUGUUCUCUAAUUCACUCUGUUCUGCCGUCAACCGUGCCUCCACAGCUCCGCUCACUUAUUAUUAUUCAAAUGGAGAAAACGCACAAAGGCCCGCCGAGGCUUUUAUGACUGAACGCAGCUCCAGGUUUAGGGGGAAAGUUCCCAAAUCAAAAAACGCCUUUUGUGCUCGAUGGCUGCGACGGGUUCACAGAGGCGUGGACCGCCGCCGACGCCCCCCAGGAGGACGAUUAGAUCUGCUGUUUGUUUAGCCCGACUGAGCGCUAAAGGUCCCGUGAAAUACGUUCAAUAUCAAAGACUGAAAACACAAUCUGUGACUCUGGAGAGCAGACACGCGUGAAGUUCCCUGAUAGAGAAGGAGCCGAUGGAAGAGCGAAGGUCCUCCAAAGAUCCUGGUCUGCAGGAAUAUGAGGGGAGGGGUUAAAAACGCCAUCAGUGACUCUGGAGGGUCACCAACCACGACGGAGAUACUCUCAGAUACAGAUGAAAACGGAGGAAAUGCAGAUGUUGCUCCUAAACCUGGAGAUAUCGUCUAAAACUGAUGAUGCAGCAUCUAUGAUUUCCAGUUCUUUGUUGAAAGGACAGUUGGACUUAGUUGGGGAUAACUCCAGCUGUCCUUUCCAAAAGAGUGUUACCCCCAACUUUCACCUUCAUCCAGAACGUCUACUAAAAGGUCGUAUCCUCCGAUCGUUAAAAGCCUGCCUGAACUAGCACUAGUUUGAUCUUUAGUCAUUUACCUGUAAAGUUCUCCAUCGUCUCACGUUCCUGUCUCAAACAUCUCCGUCCUCCUUCAGAAGUCUGAUGUCUGUCUUUUUCUCUCUAGACGAUAACAAGUUCAGCGAGGCCACGGCGGUUUUGUUCACCUGGAUCGACCGCGGCGAGGUCAACCGUCGGACCGCCAAUCAGUUCUACUCCAUGAUCCAAUCGGCAAACAGUCACGUGAGGAGGCUGAUGACGGAGAAAGCUCAGCAUGAGGAGGAGAUGGAGCGAGCCAAGGAGCUGUUCAAGAACGCCCUGAUGGCCAUCCUGACUCAGUGUAAGGAGGUUUCACUUUUACAGACUUUAAGAAGGAGCUGAGGGACCGGCUCAGUCCUCCAGGUAAGACCAGAACAGCAGACCAGAACAGGAGCCUCAGUUCAGGUCACUGUAGUCCAGUCUUUAUGGGGACUCUGGUCCGGUCUAAUCCAGAGAUUAAUCCAGAGAUUAGACAGGACCAUGAAGCCAUUUUCACCUCAUAUGCGUUCAAACUCUCCUCCAAGCAAGUCUUUACUCAGCCCCGUCUCCAUGGCAACGCCUGUCUCACCAUCCAGUUCUCGAUGUGGUCAGAGGCGUGGAGGUGUGAGAACGCUCUGACCUUUCCUCAGACGGGCUGCAGCAAAUACCGACACACAGUCUAGAGACAAAAGAGUCCACAGGGGGGCGCUCACCUGCUGUGAACUCUGAACCAGAGUCCACAUGAUCAGGAUGAGGUCCACCUCUGUGUCUAUAUCAGAGUCCUGCAGAGGUAAGAGCGGGGGUCUCCAGGAUCUGCAGGCUGGACGUCUGAAAACCAGAAGGUCCAGAAUCAGUCAGUCAGUCAGUCAGUCAGUCAGUCAGUCAGCACACUUUUGUUUGGAUUGUCUUUGUGUUCUUGCCGUAGACUGUAUGUAGAAUGGACACCAAAGCCACUCUGAGAACAGCGCCCUCUGGUGAUGGGCUGCAGUAUAGGUCAUAAACCCCGCCUCCUCAUGGAGCUGUGGACAAACUUUAUAAAUGAAUGACACAGAAUAUAAAUGUUUCUCCCCCCUGGUCGUGAUGCUGGCGGGAGGCGGAGCCAAGUUGUCCAUAGUAAAUACAGUCUGUGGUUCUGGCAGGUUUGUUGAUUCAGAAUCACGUUAAGAUAGAAAAUGUUGAAAAAACGAGACAGCGUCAGAAUGUCACGUAGAGAGGCGACAUUUACCAGGAUGACGAGCUGGAGAGUUUUUACCGUCAUCAGACUGAACAGGUUUUAUUUACUCAUAAUUCAACAUAUUUAGGGCUGAAAAACUCAGUUGGAAACUUUUCACAGGAAUUAACGGGAAUAAAUCUGAAAUUUACUAAAUUGAAGGUUGACCCUCAACAGGGAGAAAGUCAAGAAAGUUCUGAUAAUAUUAUGGGGUAAAUAUUAUAAUAUUUGAAAUCAAAUUGAAUCAAAUGUAUUUGAUCCAUAAUGGUAUAUGUAAGUUAUUUUUCAUUUCAUUGACCCUUUAAGGGUCGAGCUGGUUAUGGUGGUGUUAGUUUCCUCAGAUGUGAUUCUGUUUCUUCAGACUCCUGACAGACGGUUUUCUGUAACCAAUCAAUCAAUUAUACAUCAACUAUCAAAUAUUUCCAGUUAUUUAUCCGACUAUAUUUCUGUUCAUGUCAUUGAUUUAGUGUUUUUAAAAAACUUUUAUUUUAUUCUACAGAUAAAUACCACGUUCGCCAUCGCCACUCAGAUAAAUGUUUUCUAAUUGUAUUAUUUUACAUGGAUGUCUGUUUAUGACAGAAAAGAAUAUAUGUAUAUUUAUGUUUGAUAUGAUACAGUUUGAUUAAUUUCCCCCUAAUUCCCAUAAAUUCCCAUAAAAAGUUUCCAUUUUGGAAUAUUUAAAGAAUUCUCCAGCUUAACUUCCCAUGAAAAGUUUAUGGAAAUUUACCGUAAAUUUUCCACCCCUUCGUGACCGUAAACAUAUUUGACCUUAAACCUGUAAAGACAGUAAUCCUGAGUGAAUCUGAGUCGUCAUCCUGAGUAAACGUCGCCUCAGUGAGUCGAGAAGGAGGUGAAGCUGCAGGUGAAGUAAGUUCAGAGUGAUGGACGGAGGAGAGACCGACACACCCGGAGAUUUCAAGUUAACACGGCAGGAAGAUGAGGAAGUCUCUAUAUUUGACCGGAGUCACCAUCACAUGAUCGUUACCCCGCUGAAGUCCGUCCUCGGCUCAGUGAGUCCGGAGGACCGUCUGUGAUAAAGGGGGACAGCAGACCCAUGUCCCUUUAAACCUCAGAUCCUCAUCAGUCUCGCCGUGGUCGCUCCGUCCGUCGGUGUGUUGGCGGUCUCUCCUCCGUCUGCUGUACGAGCCUCAGGCAGAGCUACAACGCUACAUAAACCGCUUGUUUUGUUUUGACCCUCCUCCUCCUCCUCCCCUCUUCCUCUUCCUCUCCCCUUCCUCUUCCUCAUCCCUCUUCACCCCAAAGUCGAGCAGAUCACCAGCGUUUUCACCGCCGCCACCAGACAAAAGGCAUGGGACCAUUUCUCAAAAGCUCAGCGCAAGAACAUAGACAUUUGGAAAAAGCAGUGUGAGGUUGGUACUCCUUCUUCUUCUUCUCUCUCCUCCUCUUCCUCCUCUUCUCUCUGGUUUCUGAUGUCCCCUCUCAGUCCUCAGAAGAGAGCAGACAGACCUGCGGGACUUCCUGUUGUUGUUUUUGUCAGAGAAAGAGAGACGGCAGAAACGGGCUCUCUGAUCCGGUUCUCCCUCCUGACGUAAACCGAAGAUCUGACGCCUCCUGGAAAGUGUCAGAGCUGCUCAGGGAACAGAUUUUUCCAGGGUUAAGUCUGUGAUAAAUAUUUCAUCCACACAGAAACAUGAGAACGAGUGAUAGAAGGGCGGGGGAAGUUUUCAGCAGAGAAACAGAUCUUUGAUUCAGAGAGUUUAUCCAAGAUUCAUCUGAGAGAAAAAACUUCAGAUUUAUGUUUUUAAUGAAAACCUCAGUCCAGGAAAAGUCUGGACACUGUGUGGAUGACGCUGAGUUUAAGGUGUGCAGGUGGUCGAGUGGGUUAGUACGCCCCAUCGUCCCUACGGCGGUCAGGGGUUCGAGUCCAGCCCUGACCAUGUCCUCUUCUCUCUAUUUCAACAAAAGGCAAAAAUCGACCAUAAAUGCAGAAAUUUCACAAUUCAGUAAAGAGCUGAAUAAAACAAAGUACUUAGUUUUUGGUCAAUUUUCACCUUUUAUUGGUGUUACAGGGUAAAAUGUUGGGAGGUCAGGGCUGGACUCGAACCCCUGACCGCUGCAGGGAUCAUAGUCCUCAUAUGAAGGGUCUGUAAACCCACUCAGCCGUCUGCAGACCUCCUUCAGUUUUAUGUUUGUGUGUUUUUGUUGAUCUGAGGUCAGAGAGUUUCUGAAGACCGUCUGUAGCUUCAGUCUCCUCCUUUAAUCAUUCGUACCUCUGGUAAGUCGACCUGCUCCUGCUCCUCCUCUCCUACCUGUGAGUCAUGAAAACAUCCUGAUGGUGUGAGCUCCACUCCUCUUUCCCCUCCUCCUGUUUCUCCUCCUCCUCCUCCUCCUGUGGGCUCUCCUCUCUCAGAAAUGUACUCUGAGAUCUCAGCUGACAAAUGAACAGAUAAUGAAAAUGGUGGCAGGAAACAGAUCUGAUUUCUCGGAGGGCUGCGGCGGCGGCGGUGCUGAUGGGAGUAAAAGCUUCUCUCUGCUCUGGUUUCUGUCGGCGUCUCCUCACUUUCUCGGCGUUCACUUUAUCAACUUUAAGUGCAUCAGAGCAGCGACUUUAAUGCACUUUUGAACUUGAGAAUUUAACUCAAAGAUUAUUUAAACUAAACAUCCAAGAAUCGACUCAAAGGAAAAGAGGAUCGUUUUAUUAUUUUACCUCCAAAAGUCCAGGAUCUUCUCAGAUGUGAUCAUGUUCUCCUGGUGUCGUCAGACCGGUUCCCCUCUGUGAACGGGUCAGGAAGAAUUAUGAAGGCCCAGUUCUCCUGACACCAUCAGCUGAUGGGUCUGACAACACCGAGCUAGAGUUCAGUCUAGACGUCACGGUGAAGAUGUUUGUACUGUCAGCUUUUCUCCAGAGGUUUGACAAGUUCUGCCUCCUCCUCCUCCUCCUCCUUCUCCAGAUCUCACAGGAUGUAGUCGUGAACAUGUUUCUGUUGCACCUCCUGCACUGUUUGUCUCCUCUUCCUGUGAUGUUCCAGGAGCUGAGGAACGCUCACAGUGAGGAGAUCAUGGGGAUCAGACGAGAGGAGGAGAUGGAGAUGUCCGACGACGACUCCUCCGAGGAGAACCCCUGUAAGAGGCUGCGCACGGAAAACGGUACGAAACCGGGGUCCACAGGAACAGAAUCUGAUGUUCUUGAGAUGUUCUCCUCAUUUAUGGGUCUUCAGUUUGCUGAGAUAACAACAGAUUGGUCAAAAGUCUCCUCCUCUUCCUUCUCCUCCUCCUGCAGGAGUUUGCGACCCGUCCUCGCUGAAGGAGGAGAACGACUCCCUGCGCUGGCAGUUGGAGGCCUACAGGAACGAGGUGGAGCUGCUGAGGAAGGAGACGAGGGGAGCCGGUCGCCUUGACGACGAGCACGCACUAACCAACUCACACGCACCGAGUCCUGAGGCUCAGAUCCAGCUGCUGCAGCAGAGCAUGAGCAACAUGCAGCAGGUACGAGAGCGACAGAGAGAGAGAGAGAGAGAGAGGGAGAGAGAGAGAGAGAGAGAGAGAGAGAGAGAGAGAGAGAGAGAGAGAGAGAGAGAGAGAGAGAGAGAGAGAGAGAGAGAGAGAGAGAGAGAGAGAGAGGGAGAGAGAGAGGGGGCGAGAGAGAGAGAGAGAGAGAGAGAGAGAGAGAGAGAGAGACAGAGAGAGAGAGAGGGAGAGAGAGAGUGAGAGAGAGGGAGGGGGAGGGAGAGAGAGAGAGAGAGAGAGAGAGAGAGAGAGAGAGAGAGAGAGAGAGAGACAGAGAGACAGAGAGAGAGAGAGAGAGAGAGAGAGAGAGAGAGAGAGAGAGAGAGAGAGAGAGAGGGAGGGGGCGAGAGAGAGGGAGAGAGAGAGAGAGAGAAAGAGAGACAGGGGGCGAGAGAGAGAGAGAGAGAGAGAGAGAGAGAGAGAGAGAGAGAGAGAGAGAGAGAGAGAGAGAGACAGGGGCGAGAGAGAGAGAGAGAGAGAGAGAGAGAGAGAGAGAGAGAGAGAGAGAGAGAGAGAGAGAGAGAGAGAGAGAGAGAGAGAGAGAGAGAGAGAGGGAGAGAGAGAGAGAGAGAGAGAGGGAGAGCGAGAGAGAGAGAGAGAGAGAGAGAGAGAGAGAGAGAGAGAGGGAGAGAGAGAGAGCGAGAGAGAGAGAGAGAGAGACAGGGGGCGAGAGAGAGAGAGAGAGAGAGAGAGAGAGAGAGAGAGAGAGAGAGAGAGAGAGAGAGAGAGAGACAGGGGCGAGAGAGAGAGAGAGAGAGAGAGAGAGAGAGAGAGAGAGAGAGAGAGAGAGAGAGAGAGAGAGAGAGAGAGAGAGAGAGAGAGAGAGAGAGAGAGAGAGAGAGAGAGGGAGGGGGCGAGAGAGAGAGGGAGAGAGAGGGAGAGAGGGAGAGGGAGACAGAGAGAGGGAGAGAGAGAGAGAGAGAGAGAGAGAGAGAGAGAGACAGAGAGAGAGAGAGAGAGAGAGAGAGGGAGAGGGAGAGGGAGAGAGAGAGAGAGAGAGAGAGAGAGAGAAGGGGAGAGAGAGAGAGAGAGAGAGAGAGAGAGAGAGACAGAGGGCGAGAGAGAGAGAGAGAGAGAGAGAGAGAGAGAGAGAGAGAGAGAGAGAGAGAGAGAGACAGGGGGCGAGAGAGAGAGAGAGAGGGAGAGAGAGAGAGGGAGAGACUUUUGACUUUUAACAAACUUUAUUUUUGAACCAUUCUGACAAAAUCUUAAAACCAGAUUAGUACUGUUGGUUUAAAUAAAUAGUAACACACGCGCACACACACACACACAUACACACACACACGCGCACGCACACACACACGCACGCACGCACACACACACAAGCACACACACUAAAAAUCAGUCCUUUAGAAAUUCAGCACUAAGGAGCCAUUUUCCUCCAGUGAGCACAGGACUUGUCCGAUAGCCCACACAUCCCUGAAACCAUCCAAAUUUUCCGUCAGUUUAUAAAAGGUGUGCUCAACCCUGAGACGUGCCGCCACCAAGCCUUUGAGGCAACAGACCGGGUCAGUCCAGUCCACCCCAAGAACCUUGUUUUUGCGAGUCUUCCAGAUGGCUAAUUUAGCACUCGCAAAAACAAAGUUGAGCAAUACCACUGAUUUCUUUUUCUUGGGAGUGUAUUUGGGUCCAAAAACAAAGAGUGGGAACGAGAAAACCUCCCCCAAACCCCCCACCCACUCCUGCACCACUUUAAAAAGAGCUGCCAGUCUGGGACAGGACAGCACCAGGUGCUCUACAGUCUCUGACUGGGAGCAGAAUGGACAUCCCUCCCCAUUGGCCGGAUCAAGGUGAGCUCUGUACCUGUUUGUGGCUAUCGUUCCGUGUAUAAUCCUCCAUUGGAGAUCCGCUGUGCGUUUCUCAACAGGAGGCUUAUACAGGACCCUCCAGCUGCCAUUAGGGGAAAAGUCUGAGCCAAAAACCUCUGUCCACCUCGACUCUCUGACUCCCGUGAGGGAGCGCAGGUUGAGUACUUUGACACAGCUGAGGUACAGCUGCUUCCCUGUGCAGGAGCUGAAGGCUCCCAGUACUGGUCUCUGUAACGUCAGCAACAGUCCACUCUCCUCCCUCCAUUCUCCCACUGCAGGACUCACACUCAGGGUGGGGAAGAUGUAGUCUUGGCCCUCUCUCCAACGUUCAGCCAAACCCCGUCCCUGAGCAAAAGUCCGGAGGGGCCCCGACAGAGACUGCCACACCUCCUUCACCAGGUUCAGCAGCACUCUUGUUGAUCUUACUCCGGUCAUGUCAGCCAGACUCUCUACAGGUGUUCGUGUGAGAUGUCCAAGCUUAACUACUCCAGCUUGAGUGAGGACACUUUUUAAGGUGUUAGAUAAAACCGUGGUGGUAACGAGAAGGUCAUUGUCAAAAAGUGGCUCCUCAAACAGCCACAUCCCAAGCUUGGGGUCAGAUGGUCGAGUGGCAACCAGAGUCCUCCACGCAACAAACACAGAGUUGUAGAAAGGUGUAAGAUCAGUGAAGGUGAGAGCAGGGGGCUUCAGGAGAAACAGCUGUUUGUCGAGGCGAAGCCGCCCAGCCUUCCGGAGCAGCAGCCGAGCUACAUCCAACCAGCAGUGAGAAGGUCCGUACAGGAAACGUUGAGCUGCCUGAAGCCUGAAGGCAGCGGUCCUGGAGGCGAUGUCUAUCAGGCCCUGCCCCCCCUCUGCCACAGGAAGGUAUAGGACUGACGCUCGAAGCCAAUGGUGACCCGACCAGAAAAAGUCCACCAGGAGUCGCUGCAGCUGUCCCACGAGGCUUGGUGGAGGGUCCAGAACUUGGAGCCUGUGCCACAGAGACGAGGCCACCAGGUUAUUGACGAUCAGAGCUCUUCCCCUGUAAGACAUCUGAGGUAGCAACCAUUUCCAUUUAGAUAACUUGGCUUUCACCUUCUCCAGCACUCCCUCCCAGUUUUUAGCAGUGGUUUCCUCCCUACCCAAAUACACUCCCAAGACCUUGAGCCCUCUGCUACCCCACCUAAGGCCACCAGGAAGACUAGGGGUGCUUCCUGUACUCCAGUGGCCGACUAAAACUGCCUCGCUCUUCUCCCAGUUUACUUUGGCUGAUGCAGCCCUCUCAUACAGAUCCAGGCAAUGCUUAAGUUCUUUAACAUCUUCCUGGCCCUGAACAAAAACAUUCACAUCAUCAGCAUAUGCUGACACAAUCCCCUUAACCGCCUCCUGAGCAGACAAAGAAGGGGCUCAAUGGCCACACUGUACAGCUGACCAGAGAGGGGGCAGCCCUGCCUGAUGCCUCUGCUCACUGGUACAGGACUGCUUAGUCCACCCCCCACUUUAACCACACAACAUGCACCCGUGUACAACAGCUUCACCCAGGACAAGAAGUGCUCCCCAACACCAAAGGCCUGCAGUGUGGAAAAUAAAAAGGAGUGAUCAACACGAUCGAAGGCCUUCUCCUGGUCAAUUGAGAGUACACCAGUCUUUAAAUUAUAGAGUCUGCACACAUCAAAAAUGUCUCUCAUUAAAAACAGAUUGUCCAGGAUGGAUCUGUCAGGGACACAGUAGGACUGAUCAGUACCAAUAAAACCAUCCAUAAACACCUUCAGUCUAUUAGCUAAAACCUUUGACAGUACUUUAUAGUCGCUACAUAACAGGGCCACUGGUCUCCAGUUUUUAAGUAGGGUGAGGUCCCCCUUCUUGGGUAGCAGCGAUAUUACUGCCCGCCUGCAGGAAGCUGGAAGAGUUCCCCUCUGGAAGGACUCCCGAAACACGUCCAGAAGAUCAUGUCCCAGGGUAUUCCAAAAGUGUUUGUAAAAAUCCGCUGGUAACCCGUCCAUACCCGGUGCUUUGCCUGAGGCCAUGUGUUUUACUGCAGAGGUUAGCUCCUCCAUGGUAAUGUCGAGGCUCAGGGCAUCCCGAUCUGCUGGGCUCAGUUGAGGAAGGUCCUGCAGGAGUUCAGCUGCAGCCUCUCCAUCACAUUGUUCCGCUCGAAACAGCUCUGAGUAAAAGGACACUGCAUGCCUCCUCAUCUCAGCGGGGUCUGAGGUUAACCCCCCAUCAGGCAGACUGAGACACACCAUUUGUUUUUUUUGGGCUUCUGACUUCUCCAGGUUAAAAAAGAAGGUUGUUGGUGCAUCAAUGUCCUUGAUGGCAGUGAAGCGGGCUCGGACCAGGGCUCCUUUGGCUUUCUCCAGGAGGAAGGAGUUCAGCUGCUGUUUUUUGGAGAGCAGCUGCUCAGGGUUCCCCACAGGCACACCCUCCAGCUCCCCGAUCUCUGCCUCCAGUUGGUCCAUGGCCCUCCGGACGUCAGCAGUGGAGUAGGCGGUGUACUGCUGGCAGAACACCCUAAUCUGUCCCUUUCCUACCUCCCACCACUGACCUAGAGAGGGGAAAUUCUCCUUCCUUGACCUCCAUUCAGCCCAAAAUAAUUUAAAAUUAUUACAAAAGUUAAAAUCAUGUAAAAGCUUAACUUUCCAGGAGAGGUUAAAACCAUUUCUAAUAAAACUAAGUGAUGGUCUGUGAAGCCAACAGGAUGGAUUUGACACCUGGCUGCACGACUGCUAAAAGAAGAGGACAUAUAAAAUCUGUCGAGUCUGGCUGCACUGACCAUGCCGUCAGAGACUCUCACCCAAGUGUACUGUUUAUCGGUGGGAUGUUUUAACCUCCAGAUGUCGACCAGGUUAAACUCCGUCAACAUCUGAGCCAGGAAAGAGGAUGAUUGGGACUGGAGCUCCUGCCCUAUCCUGUCUAAGGUGCCAUCCGUACAGCAGUUCCAGUCCCCUCCCAUUAUUAUGCACUCUCCCUGACUGCUGCUGUUCCCUAAAACGUUUUUUAAUAAAUUAAAUAAGACUAAACGUUCAGAGCUUUGAUUGGGUGCAUAGAUAUUAAGAAAAGUGAAAGCAAACCCCAGAAUUUCCACCUUCACCAUCAAAGCUCUUCCCGCCAUGAUUUCUGAGCUGGAUAAAAUGUUUACCGGUAAGGAGGGGGAGAAUAAAAUACCCACCCCAGCACUUCGAUUGGAGCCAUGGCUGAGUGCGUACUGCCCCCCCCACCAAAUUCCCCAGUCUGUCUCAUUAACACUGUCACUGUGUGUUUCUUGUAGAAAGACGACCUCUAUCUUUUUCUGUCUGAUAAUUUCAGACACUAGAGCUCUUUUCUGUGGACUUCUACCCCCAUUAAUAUUUAAAGAUGCAACUGUAAAGGGCUGCAUGUGAGGAGAAGACAGACAGAGCAGCAGGAAAGACAGACCAACACAGCAAAGAGAAAACACCUGGUAUUGUACAAUCAUUCUGGAUUACUUGGAAACUUUCCUUUUUUUCAAUAUCUGUUUACCUUUAAGAAUUUUCCUCACAUUAGACACAUGCUUUUUGAGGCGAUACCUUUUUUUAUUACAUAAAAACUCCUUACCUACGACCUUCUGCAGAGUGUCCACAGACCGGACAAACUUCUGCAUAUCUGGGAAAUAGUCUGUGACCUCCACUGAUCUCCCAAAGGAGUCAUCUAGAAACUCUGUCACCUCCUCAAGAGAGUAUAGGUCUGGAUUUAGUGACACACUGUCUGCUACAGAGACACAAUCAGAGUCUACAUCAGCAUCUGAGAAACCUACUGCCUGUUGACUGUGAGCUGGAGCAGCCCGAGAGUCAGUCCUCAGCUGCUGCGCCGUGCCAGCAGCCUCCUCCUGCAUCGGCUCACCUGCAGCAGCCCCACCCUGCUCAGGAGCGCAGGUCUCCGCCUGCCCUGCUGUGUGAGCCUCAUCCUGCUCCACACUGAUCUCAUCCUCACACUCUUCAGUCACACAACUCAAGGGCUGAUUUUUCACCAUUCCAGGUCCAAAACCCAAAACAGACUUUAGCGCCGCCCCGCGCACCGGGCCGGCGGCGGCCACCGCCGAGCCCGAGGGACCGGCGGCAGCCGCCGCCGAACCCACGGAGCCCAAGGCAGCAGGCGCCGGACCCGAGGGACCCGCGGCAGCCGCCGCCGGACCCACGGGAGCCGCGGCAGCCGCCGCCGAGCCCGAGGGACCCGCGGCAGCCGCCGCCGCACCCACGGGAGCCGCGGCAGUCGCCGCCGAGCCCGAGGGACCCGCGGCAGCCGCCGCCGGACCCGCCACACCCGAGACGGCCGCAGCACCGCCCCACACCGGCCUACCGGCCCCACCGCUCACCUCCCUGCUGUCAUCUUCAGCGGGUCUCACCGUGUGCUGUCGGUGAGGACAAGCGACACGUUUAUGGCCCACGUCUCCACACUCAAAACUACUCCCUGAGCUAGCAUACACCAUGUAAAAACCUUCCUCGUGUUUUACACGGAAGGACACAUCCAGUGUCUGAGCUGGAGAGUCUAAAAACAUGAAGACCUGUCUCCUCAGAGACUGAACAUGCUUUAGCUUAGCAUCUUUACAUCCCAAAGCAACAGUACGAAAACCACUGGCGAACUUACCGAACCGCUUGAGCUCCCGUUCCAGCGCUUCAUUCGGGAUGAAUGGAGGGACGCCGGACACGGUGGACGGCAGAGCCAGCGGGGAAACUUGGAUAAACUCCUCGUUGAGGGUUAAUCCAUCCUCAAUAAGUUUGGUAACAUGUGUCUGUUCUUUUAGAAACACUACCACGGCUUUGUUCAUGCGGGAGGCAUAUGAGAUAUUACCGUGGCCCACCUGGUCUCCCACAGCCAACAGGACCUGCUCCACAGAGGAGGCCGGCGGUGGCACCAGUCUCACGCCGUGUCUCAGGGACGCUGGCGGAGGUGGCGUCUCAGAGGACGCCAUCCUCGCCACGAGGCACGAAGAAAACACACAAAAAACACUGAACUGUUUAACCAAAAGUUAUGAACAAAUAAUCCAAACAAUGACCAUUCAAUACAGUGACGAUAGAAGAAAGAAAAGAAACGAAAUUAGAAAAAAAGUUGAAUCAAAGAUUGAUUCGCUCUCAGCUCUCAGCACUCACAUGCCAUCUCCAGAGAGAGAGAGAGAGAGAGAGAGAGAGAGAGAGAGAGAGAGAGACAGAGAGAGGGAGAGACAGAGAGAGAGAGGGAGAGAGAGAGAGAGAGGGAGAGAGAGAGAGAGAGACAGCAGUCUGGUCAUGAGGAUGAUGAAGAGAUGCUGAUUCUAGAAGUCUAGAAGUAGAUUUCCUCCUUCCUUCCUCACAGGGUUAAACCUGCAGACGGAUCAGAACGUGUGAAUGUGACUCUGUUCAAAGGUGUGUGUGUGUUUAAAGGUGUGUGUGUGUGUUUCAAAGUGUGUGCUCAGGCAGGUCGGCGUCAGAAAACAGCUGCGAGCUGAGUUUAUUUACUUCCCUGAAGCAAACACAAAAACAAGCAGAGUGUUUUUCUGCGCUGACUCAGAGCCCUCCCAUGAUGCUUUGCUGCUCCAAUUCCAUAAACACGCUGGCGGUUUGUUAGAGCGCGGCGCUCGUUCGGUACGAGUUAGCCUGAUGUGACUCGACUUCCUGUCUGUCUCAAUAAAAAGUGACAGCGCUGAUAGUAGCAGGCACGUAACACACACACACACACGCACGCACACACGCACACACACACACAGCCUGCUGGCUUGUUUUAGUGUCUCUGAUCUGACUGCUCUCUGACUGAGGAAACGUCACCAAACUGUCACUCCUGGUUUGUCACCUGAUCUUCCUCCUGCAGCCGACGUGACGAUCAAACUCGGAGCUUCGCUGGAAUUAAAACCGUCCGAUCAGAUACAGAAACGGAGGAGAAAAAGAGGUCAUUUGGAGGUCACACGUGAAUACAGAUUAUUGUGUCUGUCUUCACUAACAUGUGAGUGUGUCUGUGUUUGCCUCUGCAGCAGCUCUUGAGUCUGCAGGAGAAGCUGAAGAGUAAAGAGGCAGAGCUGGAGAAGGCCAGAGAGGAGCAUCGUUACCUGGAGGGGGAGGUGCUUACGCUCAGAGACAAGGUGUGUGCCGGCGCUCUCAGUUGAUCGAGUGGAUCAGGGUUUGGUUUGGUUGAUCGUCUCUGAAUCUGCUGAGACUGAACAGUUUCUGCAUCUGAACAUGAAACACAGCCGACAGUCGGGUUUACUUAACGGGAGUUUUAGGUCCAAAACACACACACACACUCUCACACGCACACACACACACUUUCAUGUCUGUGCAUCACUGUAAUUCACCUGAGAGAAACCCAGAGGGCCUGAUUCCUUUUAAAGUGCUUUACUUUAACGGUCUGUACACACACACACACACACACACACACACACACACACACACACACACACACACACACACACACUGUGUUUUAAAACAUUGGACUGAUGGUGGGGGUUGAAGGACACUGGGUUGCCAUGGUAAUGGUUAUGUCUGGAUGUUUUUCCUGCUGAGUGGAGAGUGGUUUGACCUCAGGCAGGCCAAAGUGUUUGUAUGUGUGUGUGUGUUGUGUACUUUCCUACCUAUCCAAGAGGGGAAUUUGGCGUUGUGAUACUUCCACCAAGAGGGGACCUCAUAGCCAACAGGGUCAUUUUUUAGGUCCCCUCUUGGUCAUGCUGUAAAUCAUGCUAAAAUCAUGUGUAACACACUCUGGUGAAGUUUUUUUUAAUUUGAGCCAAGUGGGGGCCUGAAAGUGUGUGAGUGUUUAAGUCCAUGCGAGGCUGUCCCCCUGUAGGCUGGGGCUGGAAUGACAAUGUCCCUUAAGCACACGUCGUUUACACACACUCCCUGAAGGUGUGAAUGGUUUGCACUGAGGGCAGCCUUUCAGACUGCAGAGAAGUGUUUAACAGGUGUUACUAUGUGAAGAUUUAAUAUUUUUGGAUGAGAAAAUUCAUAUUUCAGUAUGAAAAAAUGUCAUUUUGUAUGAUAAAAAAUCUCAUGGUAUAGUGUGGUAAAAAUUUCAAAUUUUAGUGUGAAAAAAAUGUUCAAAUUCAGUAUGAAAAAAUUUCAAAGUACAAUAUGAAAAAAGUUUCAUGGUAUAGUAUGAAAAAAUGUCUAGUAUGUUAAAAUUUGAAAUUUUUGUGUGAUGAAAAAUCUAAUAGUUUGGUAUGAAAAAAAAAUGUCAUAGUAUAGCAUGAUAAAACUGUCAUAGUGUAGCAUGUUAAAAAUUUAAAAUUUUAGUGUGAAAAAAAAUUAAAAUUUCAGAAUGAAAAAAAUGUCAUAGUAUUGUAUGAUAAAAAUGCCAUAGUAUGGCAUGAGAAAACUGUCAUAGAAAAGUAUGUUUACAGUUUCAAAUUUUUGUGUAAAAAACGGAAUCAAAUUUAAGAAUGAAAAAAAAUGUCAGGAUAGAAUGAUAAAAAUGUCAUAGUAUAGUAUGAUAAAAAUGCCAUAGUACAGUAUGUUGAAAAUUUCAAAAUUUAAUGUGAAAAAAAAAUCAAAUUUAAGAAAGAAAAAGAUGUCAUUGUAUUGUAUGAUAAAAAUGCCAUAGUAUAGUAUGUGGAAAAUUUCAAAUUUUAGUGUGAAAAAAAAAAAAGUAAAUUCAAGAAUGAAAAAAAUGUCAUAGUGUAGUAUGAUAAAAAUGCCAUAGUAUAGUGUUUUAAAAAUUUUAUAUUUUUGGAUGAAAAAAAGAUGCCUAUUUUAGUAUGAAAAAAAUGUCAUAGUAUAGUAUGAUAAAACUAUCAUAGUAUAGUAUGUUGAAAAUUUCAGAUUUUAAUGUGAAAAAAAAAUCUAAUUUAAGAAAGAAAAAGAUGUCAUUGUAUUGUAUGAAAAAAAAUGCCAUGGUAUAGUAUGUAGGAAAUUUUAAAUUUUAGUGUGAAAAAAAAAUCGUGUUUUAGUAUAGAAAAUUAAUGUUAAAGUACACUAUGAUAAAGCUGUCAUAGUAUAGUAUAGUAAAGAUCUUUUAUUUUUGGAUUAAAAAAAGAUUCGUAUCUUAGUAUGAAAGAUGAACGUCAUAGUAUAGUAUGAUAAAAAUGCCAUAGUAUAGUAUGUUAGAAAUUUUAUAUUUUAGAUGAAAAAAAGAUUUCUAUUUUAGAAUGAAAAAAAGUCAUAGUAUAGUAUGAUAAAACUGUCAUGGUAUAGUAUGUUAAAAAUUUCAAAUUUUAGUGUGAAAAAAAAACAAAUUUUAGAAUGAAUAAAAAAAGUCAUAGUAUUGUAUGAUAAAAAAUGCCAUAGUAUAGUAUGUUAAAAAUUUCAAAUUUUAGUGUGAAAAAAAAAUUAAAUUUAAGAAUGAAAAAAUGUCAUAGUAUAGUAUGAUAAAAAUGCCAUAGUAUAGUAUAUUAAAAAUGUCAAAUUUCAGUGUGAAAAUUUUUUUAAAAUUUAGCAUGAAAAAUGAACGUCAUAGUAUAGUAUGAUAAAAAUGCCACAGUACAGUAUGUUGAAAAUUUCAAAUUUCAGUGUGAAAUUUUUUUUUAAUUUAUCAUGAAAAAAAUGCCAUAGUAUUGUAUGAUAAAAAAAAUGCCAUAGUAUAGUAUGUUGAAAUUUUCAAAUUUUAGUGUGAAAAAAAAAAUUAAAUUCAAGAAUGAAAAAAAUGUCAUAGUGUAGUAUGAUAAAAAUGCCAUAGUAUAGUGUGUUAAAAAUUUUAUAUUUUUGGAUGAAAAAAAGAUGCCUAUUUUAGUAUGAAAAAAAUGUCAUAGUAUAGUAUGAUAAAACUAUCAUAGUAUAGUAUGUUGAAAAUUUCAAAUUUUAAUGUGAAAAAAAAAUCUAAUUUAAGAAAGAAAAAGAUGUCAUUGUAUUGUUUGAAAAAAAAUGCCAUGGUAUAGUAUGUAGGAAAUUUUAAAUUUUAGUGUGAAAAAAAAAUCGUGUUUUAGUAUGGAAAAUUAAUGUUAAAGUACACUAUGAUAAAGCUGUCAUAGUAUAGUAUAGUAAAGAUCUUUUAUUUUUGGAUUAAAAAAAGAUUCGCAUCUUAGUAUGAAAGAUGAACGUCAUAGUAUAGUAUGAUAAAAAUGCCAUAGUAUAGUAUGUUAGAAACUUUAUAUUUUAGAUGAAAAAAAGAUUUCUGUUUAAGAAUGAAAAAAAAUGUCAUAGUAUAGUAUGAUAAAACUGUCAUGGUAUAGUAUGUUAAAAAUUUCAAAUUUUAGUGUGAAAAAAAAACAAAUAUUAGAAUGAAAAAAAAAAGUCAUAGUAUUGUAUGAUAAAAAAUGCCAUAGUAUAGUAUGUUGAAAUUUUCAAAUUUUAGUGUGAAAAAAAAAUUCAAAUUCAAGAAUGAAAAAAAAGUCAUAGUAUAGUAUAAUAAAAAUGCCAUAGUAUAGUAUGUUAAAAAUUUUAUAUUUUUGAAUGAAAAAAAGAAUUCCUAUUUUAGUAUGAAAAAAAAUGUCAUAGUAUAGUACGAUAAAACUGUCAUAGUAUAGUAUGUAGAAAAUUUCAAAUUUUAGUGUGAAAAAAAAAUCAAAUUUAAGAAAGACAAAGAUGUCAUUGUAUUGUAUGAAAAAAAAUGCCAUAUUAUAGUAUGUAGGAAAUUUUAAAUUUUAGUGUGAAAAAAAAAUCGUAUUUUAGUAUGGAAAAUUAAUGUUAUUGUUCACCAUGAUGAUAAAGCUGUCAUAGUAUUGUAUAGUAAAGAUUUUUUUAUUUUUGGAAAAAAAAGAUUCAUAUCUUAGUAUGACAAAUGAACGUCAUAGUAUAGUAUGAUAAAAAUGCCAUAGUAUAGUAUGUUAAAAAUUUUAUAUUUUGGAUGAAAAAAAGAUUCCUAUUUUAGAAUGAAAAAAAGUCAUAGUAUAGUAUGAUAAAAAAUGCCAUAGUAUAGUAUGUUAAAAAUUUCAAAUUUUAGUGUGAAAAAAAAUCAAAUUUUAGUAUGAAAAAAAGUCAUAGUAUAGUAUGAUAAAAAUGCCAUAGUAUAGUAUGUAGAAAAAUUCAAAUUUUAGUGUGAAAAAAAAUUUUUAAUUUAUCAUGAAAAAAAUGUCAUAGUAUUGUAUGAUAAAAAAUGCCUUAGUAUAGUAUGUUAAAAUUUUCAAAUUUUAAUCUGUGAAAAAAAAUCAAAUUUUAGAAUGAAAAAAAAAGUCAUAGUAUAGUAUGAUAAAAAUGCCAUAGCAUAGUAUGUUAAAAAUUUCAAAUUUUGGUGUGAAAAAAAAAUUUAAUUUAAGAAUGAAAAAAAUGUCAUAGUAUAGUAUGAUAAAAAUGCUAUAGUAUAGUAUGUUAAAAAUUUUAUAUUUUUGGAUGAAAAAAAGAUUCCUAUUUUAGUAUGAAAAAAAUGUCAUAGUAUAGUAUGAUAAAACUGUCAUAGUAUAGUAUGUUGAAAAUUUCGAAUUUUAAUGUGAAAAAAAAUCAAAUUUAAGAAUGAAAAAGAUGUCAUUGUAUUGUAUGAUAAAAAUGCCAUAGUAUAGUACGUUGAAAAUUUCAAAUUUUACUUUGAAUAACAAAAUCAAGUUCAAGAAUGAAAAAAGCUGUCAUAGUAUUGUAUGAUAAAAAUGCCAUAGUACAGUAUGUUAAAAAUUUCGAAUUUAGGUGUGAAAAAAAAUCAUAUUUUGGUAUGACAAAUAAAUGUCAUCGUACACUUUGAUAAAAAUGCCUUUGUAUAGUUUAAAAUUUCGAAUCUUAGUGUGAAAAAGAAUUCCUAUUUUAUUAUGAAAAAUGAAUGUCAUAGUAUAGCAUGACAAAACUGUCCUAGUAUAGUAUGUUGAAAAUGUUAAAAUUUAGUUUGAAAAAAAAAUCAAAUUUUAGAAUGAAAAAAAUCUCAUAUUAUAGUAUGAUAAAAAUGCCAUAGUAUAGUAUGUUAAAAACUUCAGAUUUUAGUGUAAAACCAAUUCCUAUAUUAGUAUGAAAAAUAAAUGUCAUAGUAUAGUAUGAUAAAACUGUCAUGGUAUAGUAUGUCUGAAAAUAUUCAUAGGGUAAAAAAUGAUAGAAAUUUCAUUGUGUUGUACAAUUAAAAUUGUAAUCAUAAAGCAUGUUUGUUCUUGGUCUGUGGAAAGAAGAUGGAGAGUCAAGCGUUAACCCAGGCAUGCACAGGAAGAAUAUGCAAACGUCCAACACACAAUGGCCCUGCCCUACCUGGGAAUUGAACUGGUGACCUUCUUGCUGUCAGGCACAUGCCAAACCUACUGCGCCACUGUGCUGUCCCAAAUUUCACACACCAAAGUCAAGUAUCAUAAAAACGUAACAGUAUAGUACGUCAAAAAAAAUCAGUAAAGCGAGAUAAAAAAAUGUAUAGUAUAGUAUUAAAAAAAAUGUUGUGAAGUAUGACAAAAAAGACAUAUUGUAUGAUAAAAAAAUUAAUAAUGAAGUAUGUUAAAAAAUGUUUUAGUAUAAUUUGAUUAAUAUUGUCAUAGUAAAGUAUAAUAAAAAAGUUAAUAGUAUAGUAUGAUAAAAAUGUCAUAGUAUAGUAUAAAAAUAUUAUGGUAUAGUUUUAAAAAGAUUUAAUAGUAUUGUAUAAUAAAAAAGGUCAUAGUAUAGUGUACUAAAAAUGAAAUAGCAUAGUAUGAUAAAACAUGUCAUAAUAUAGUGUGUUCGUUCAUGGUCUCUGGAAGGAAGACGCAGUGCUGACCCACGGAUGCAGAGGAAGAACAUGCAAACAUCACACUCAGAGACCAUGCCCUACCCGGGAUUCGAACUAGUGACCUUCAUGAUGUGAGACACCUGCCCUACCUACUGCGCCACUUAGCCAACCCAUGUGUGGUACAUCAAAAUAUAGUAUAAUAAAAACGUCACAGAAUAGCAUAUAUAAAAAAAAAAAGUUAUGUAAGAUAGAAAUGUCAUGGUAUAGUAUGAAAUAAAAUGUCAAUCGAGAAUAAUAUGUUUAAAAAAUGUCACAUUCUAAUUUUUUGUUUGUUUGUUUCAUUUUAUUUAGUUUAUUUUGUCCCAUUUUAUUUUUUAAUUUAGGUAAGUUUUGUUCUGUUUUUUUUUUUCAUAUUUUAUUUUGGUUUGUUUUAUUAUAUUUCAGUUUAUUUUAUUUUGUUUUAGUAUAUUUUGCAAUAAGAAAGACGUAAGUGUCAUACACAGAGAAUAAAAACAAAGGUAGAGGAGGUUCUUCUGUGUUACAGAGUCUCCUCACACUGAAGUACGUGUCCCUUUAAUGCAUGUGUGUGUGUGUGUGUGUGUGUGUGUUUGUUUGAUGUGAUGUUGAAUCAUUGAGCAGAUCAGAUCCUGGUGUUUAACAGACACAUUUAUAAAACAAGCUCUCCUCUGCUGCAGACUAAACACUGAAAUCAUGGUGGAGCUCAUCACACAGGACUCUCUCUCUCUCUCUCUCUCUCUCUCUCUCUCUGUUUCUGUUUAGCUGCUGAAUAACAGCGUGGAGGCCGUGGAGGGGACCAAUGGAGAGCUGCAUGACAAGGUAAAAUCCACAACAAGACUCUGAAAUACGGAGACGAAUAUUACACACACACACAUCUAUACAUGUUUAUGUGUCUAGAGAUAAACUUUUAACCCCGGAGCUGUUGAGGCGAGGGCUGAAGGAGGAUGAUCUAUAAAUAAAUCUGCACAGAGACGCCUCUCUGUGUAAAUCUGUGACGUGUUCGAUUAAACAUGUAUGAUCUGUGUAUAUUCCUAAGAGCCUGUUUCAUGCACAGCGUGUACAGCAUGUUCUCUGUGUUUGUAUGAGUCCGUGCAGAGGGACGCACUAAUGGUAGAAGUGUCAAAGGUCAAAUUACUGCAUUUAAGUUAAAGGAGUGACAUCAGCCUGGCGUGUUUAAAGAACCUCAGCUAACCGAUGACUGAUGUGGUUUACUGAUGUUUGUGCUGACAGGGUCUGAACGGGUGUGUUCCUGCUCUGUUCUUCAGCCGAGAGAGGAGGACCGAGGUCAUCAUGAGGGGCGGAGUCACAACUGAAAAGGAGGCGCUGCUUUUAGGUGGGUAUGACCUCCUGCUGAGAGAGAGAGGAGCAGUUUUACAGUUUUAGUAUCAGCACUUUGAAAUAAGAGGAUUAUGUUACAGUCUGGACCACUUUGGUGCAAAAUGAUCAAGAAGAAGUGAAACAAGAAGAAGAAUUCUCAGAUUAUGAUAAAGUAGGACCCUGUCGGACCCUGCUGGGCGGGGGUGUGGUAUCACUCCUCACUGUUGGAGUGCAGAGGCCCUGAGGCAGAGGGAGCACACCUGCCCUAAACUGCACGUGCGUGCAUGCUUUGAGGAGUCCUGCUCACAGACCUGGAUUACAGACGUGUGCCUUGAACUUCCUCACAGCUGUAAUAACAGAUUAACGUUCAUGUGGAGUCUGUGCAGGAGGUGCUGUUUAUGCUACACGUCUCUGCAUUGAUUUCUUUGUGUUUCCUGCAGAGACAGAGCGGUGCACAGCAGGCUCUGACUGUUUGUUAGCUUAGCAUUAAAGAUGAUUGAACACCCCCACACAUACCACUGACACUGAGGUGAGAGAGGCUCAUACAGCAGCAGCAGCAGCAUCAUGUACUCACAGUUUACACUCCGCUGUCUCCUUUCUGUGUGUGUUAACGUCACAAACACACAGCAGCUGGACUGAAUCCAUCUCAGCUGUGUGUUUGUCUCGGUGCUAUAAAUCCUGAUGCUGCAGGACGUGCAGCAGCAGCAGCUCUGAGAGCAGCUCGCAGUGAUCAGUGAGUCCGGAGCAGAGGAGAGCCGAGGAACAGCAGCAGCACAUUUAUCUCUAUUAGCUGUGCAGAGAAAAUCCAGAUAUGAAGGAGAGAGGAGGCUCACAGCCCCACAGUCUGCUGGAGACACAGGUCUCCAGGAGCUCUCACGGUCAGCUUCUCCACACAGAUGAGCGUCAGGAUGAUGAACUGAUGCAGAAAAGGUCCUCUGGUUUCACAGACUGUGGAGACUCCUCCAGACUUUCAGCUGAAACAACAACAGAGAGAGAGAGAGAGGGAGAGAGAGAGAGUCUGUCGUUAUUCAGAGGACGAGUUUCCUCUUUUAACUUUCUCUCAAAGUCAGGAAACAGGGGUAACGCUUUCUUUUAUGGUACACUUAUAACCAGGUAAUUAUCUGUUAAUUACCUGGUAAUUAACAGGUAACAACAUGAAAUUAUCUGGUAAUUACAUGAUAACUACUAAGUCAGUACUGUCUAUCUACCAGGUAGGUAACCUUCCAUCAUCGUACAGAUCUGAAGCUGAAUUGCUCUGAUAUCUCCAGGAUUUUCUCCGCUUCUUCGAACCACCUCUUGCGCAGUAGCGUUGUACACAUUCAGCGGGUGAGUCGCUGUGAUGACGCUCGGCUCAAACAGCGUAUCACUACGCAAUCUUCGCACGCCCAUAGGCUGUAUCAAGUGUCAGUCAUAGAAAAUAAGAACCUCAAAUAGCUUUUGAAAAUGGAAAAACUAGACAGUAUUGACUUAGUAGUAAUCAUGUAAUUACCAGAUAAUUUCAUGUUGUUACCAGGUAAUUAACAGGUAAUUACCUGGUAAUAAGUGUACCGUAAAAGAACGGGUGACCAACGUUUCCUGUUUGUGUGAAGGUGCUGAGAUCUUCUGUCUGUAUCUGUGUUUCUACUGGAGUCCGUUACCUUCCUCUGAAACCCUUUAUUUCACAAUAAAAGCUUAUCGAUAUGACGUCCUCAUCAACACAUCGACCCACCAUGACCCUGAAGACCCUGGACCUUCACAGACCUGCUGCAGUGAAUCUGCUUUCACCGUCACGCUGGAGUUUUUCUCAGAAAUGUGUUAAAACAUAAACAAGAACACCAAGAACAGCGAGCCUUUAGUGGUUUCCUCGCUGAGAGCUGGACUCUUAACUUUCUUCUUUAAGUGCACACACACUCACACACACACACACACACACACACACACACACACACACACACACACACACUCUGCAGCUCUGUUCCAUGUGAGCAGCUCUGCUGGAAGGAAUUGAAUUAGGCCCGUCUGUAAUUGCCAACGUUUCGCCACAUAAAUCAAGGAAAUAAAUAUUGGCUGUGCCCGGUCCUCCAGGGGACGCCACUCUACCCCCCAUCACACUCACACACACACACACACACACACACACACACACUCACACACAGCCCACUCCCUCUGCAUGACUGCCUACCUUCCCAGGACCUCUCAGGAGUAAUCACGUCAGGAGCGUUUUCUGCUCCAGCCAGCGGUUUUUCCAAAGAGCAGCUCUGCAGUUUGUUUAUUGUGCAGAACUUCAGGAGGAUGCAGGUCUUGGCCUCGACUCCACCUCCGCCUCCCUCUCUGUCAGCUCUAUAUUAGCCAGCUCUCUCUCAGCAUUCACCAACACAGAUGGCGGAACCUCCAUUAAGAGCGAGAACAUCAGACUGAUGCAGCAGAGCCGCUCGUUGUUAAAGGGCAUUCUGGUGUUUUUACACCUGCAGGUGGCGCUCACCUGUCUCACCUUUCUGUCUUCUUCUCUGCAGGCAUCAUCUCCACCUUCCUGCACGUCCACCCGUUUGGAGCGAACCUGGAGUAUCUGUGGUCCUACAUCCAGAGACUGGACUCAAAGGUAGAGACACUCACAUCCUGUAGGAUCAGGGUUCGAUCAACACGAGGCAGAGCUGGAAGGUUUUCAGCAGUCCAAGAAAAACACUCAAUCAUUAAAAUCAAGGAUCAUAAACCGGGUCUGCGGCCCCGUCUCAGAGGUCUCUGGUUUGAUUCCUCGCCACUCUGUAAAAACAGUCAUGGUCGCACCGUCAGCCGAUGAUGAGGAGCUGAGUUUAGUUCAGUUUUACUGACGUCUGAGAAUCAUUAUGAGUUCAUCUAUGAAGACGUGAACAAACGCUUUUUAACACCCAUGUGGAUGAAGAUGAUGAUGAAGAGGACUGAAGCAGAGCUGACUCACCUUUAAAAUACCUGGUUCAACCUCAGCCCACCUGUACCUCUCUCUCUCUCUCUCUCUCAGGUGUCUGCGGGCGAGCUGGAGCGCCUCAUGGUCCGUCUGCCCUCCAUGUUUCGUCAGGAGCUGAGCGGCGUCGGAGCGACUCUGGAGAAACGCUGGAAGUUUUGUGGUUUUGACAGUUUGGGCUCGGCGUGA